CACUGAAUCCUUUGUCAUCUUCACUAUCAUCUAGUGGGAGGGCUAGUUCAGCUUUUUUCCGUGAUUUACCAUAAAAAAAAAUUGCAUUCAUGCUGUAAAUGGAAGAAAGAUGUGUCAAAUAUCAUCAUAUGCAAUGUGGAAAGGACUCACAAAGUGCAUUAUUAUAGUUUAUAGACUAUAGAAGAUCAGUGUACACCAGUGCAAUUGCAAAGUAGGUGUAUAACUAAAUACAAAAUGUUAUCAACAUACCAGGCUAGCAAUCCAUAAUGGUACGGUGUUGCCAUAUGGCAACGUACACAUUUUUAACACUUUCUAUUAUUUAUUGAUCAAGCACAGUGCAAGAAACUACAUAAUAAUGAACUUAACUCACCUAUUAUUGAGUGAAUAUUUUUUUCCCUGUUGAAAAACUUCGAAAAAACACUUUUUUUGGUGAAUUUUUAGGAGUCAAAUGGUGAGGCUCCUCCCGUCAAUAAUGUCUGCAGAAAAGGGUUCAAACUGGCCUCCAGAAAGUCAUGUGACAAAUUUAAACACUGCUAUUGGUUAACUUAGAACCCCACUUCUUUUUAAUGCAUUGCAUCAUAACUGGGGAUGUAUUAUCUGUGUGUAGAAAGCUUAAAAUGGGGUUGUUGCCAUAUGGCAACGCUGUACCAUAGAGGGUUAAAUCAUCCAUGAUGGGAGAAUCACGGAGAGAUGAACAAGAAAAACGUGACGCAGAUUUUGAGAUAAACUUUAGAGUAAGAUGUUAUAAGAAGAUUAGCUCCAGUUAAAAGUGACAAGAAGUAGCGGUAAUUGUGUUUUCUCAACUUUACGGUUUAAAAGAAACACUGUGGUAUUUGUAAAGCAAGCUAAUGUGAUACUUCUGUUUGAUUUUCUUUUUAGUUCUGUCAUGCAAAACUUGAAGUUGGUUUCUGACCUGCAAUCACAAUAAAUGAAAGACAUUAGACCAUCAGUCCAGGCUUUUUACUAAUUUUCACUACAGGUGCAGCACUUCUUUGCUUUAACAGCAUCUCUAACCAAGUAAACACCACAAGAAGUCAUUUUGCAUGGCUGAUCGCUUUAAGUUACCACUCUGACUUUGAUUACUUGUGUGGAGAGGCAUCCUGCCAUCUGCUUUCUGUCUAUUUCCACGUCCUGCAGCUGUGCAUGCCAUUUCUUUUUUCUGCUCCUGAAAUUAAAUGAAAAGCCGAUAAAUAAAAUUGCUUGGCGAAUCCACAAGUGCAGCACAACUCCAAGAUGGAUGUGGUAAGCUGUAUUUCUUACUAUAUUUUCAAAAAUUUUUAUUAUUUUUUUUUGCUUUAUGCUACACUUAAAUAACCUCCAUAUUAAUGUUCCAUGUUGGUUUAUACAUAAAAUUAACAAUAACAAAGCAUUUUCUGACAUUCUGGGCUUUGUUUAAAGGCCCAUCAGUGGCAUUUUCCUGCCAAAAUUCGUCUGGAGAACUAACAAGCAACAGAUUAGACUUGCAGGACUGGCCGCUGUAACUCAAAUAUGUAAUUAAUUAAAUAUGACAAUCACAACAGAACUGAUGGCAGUGAAUGUUGCAGGAUAUCUGGAUGUUGCAUUCACAAAAGGUGUCACCAAAAACACCGAAAUAGAUCUGAUCUGCUCAGUGUAAUUGUAAUGACAGGGUGCCACAUCUUGCAUUACUGCGCUUGUAUGUUAAUUACAGAAAGCCAAGCAAAAAGCUGUGAUCGUGUUUUGGCAUUCGUUCUUCCUGCCCCAACACUUAAAGGAAGUACACACACACUUCACUGCAGGAGCACAAGACAUACAUUCAUGCGAGUCACCCAUUAUGGCUUUACCAAAGACUUACACAGUAUUUGAGGAUUUUAGCGAAGAUGCUGGGAACUUAACUGACUACAUUGAUGAGUACGACACCAUCUGUGCCGAGGAGGAGCUCAGCCUGCAGGGCUUCUACGCCGUGUUCCCGGCUGUCCUCUACAGCGUGAUCUUCCUGCUGGGCGUGACGGGGAACGGCCUGAUGAUAACUAUCCUCCUGUCCCGCUGGCGUCAGCUGCGCAUCACAGAGAUCUACCUGCUGCACCUCGCCCUGGCUGACCUCAUGCUCCUGUUCAUGCUGCCUUUUGAAGUAGUCCAGAGCAUCACCGGCUGGGUGUUCGGGGGGUUUUUCUGCAUGCUCUCGGGUGUGUUAACGAAUCUGAGCACCCUCUGUGGGAGUUUACUUCUAGCUUGCAUUGGAUUUGAUCGGUAUUUGGCCAUUGUUCACGCCAUCCGGAGUAUGCAAAGUCGGCGUCCCAGAGUUGUGCACCUGACAUGCACUGUGCUUUGGUUUCUCUGCUUGGGUUUAUCAGCACCGAAUGCUGUGUUUCUUUCUGUGGCACGAGCAGACAUAAACUCCUCUCAGCUCUCCUGCUAUUAUCAUCGCUACGGUGUAAGCGGACAUGACUGGGUUGUGACCAACAGAUUUUUCCAUCUCGUGUGCUUUUUUGUGCCUCUGGCUUCCAUGAGCUACUGCUACACAGCCCUCAUAAUCACUUUGUGCAAGAGUCAGAAAAGCCAAGCCAAGAAAGGAGCCAUUCGACUGGCUCUACUCGUCACGAUUGUGUUUUGCGUCUGUUGGCUGCCAUACAACAUCAGCUCACUGGUGCAAACCUUGGUAGACUUUGAGGUUCUUAGGCUUGUCAGCUGUGACUUUUUCACCUCACUUCCACCGGUCCUUUUUGUGACACGUUGUCUGGGUAUCUCACACUGCUGCCUGAACCCUUUCUUGUACGCCUUUGUCGGGGUUCGGUUUCGCAACGAGCUGCUACACUUGCUUUGCAGACUGGGCUGCAGCCGCAUUUGUCUGCCUUUCAUCAGAGCUCAGGGUCACAGCCGACCGUCUGUUUCUGACGGCGUGACGACCAACAGCACCGUCUACAACUGAAACUGUUUUCUACUUGUACUGAUGUAAAAAGUUCUAACUUUAUCAAGCAUCGUGUUAAUAUAGUACCCAUUGCUUCUUUGUCUGCAUUUAAAAUGUUUUAUUCACCAAGUCAAGAGAAAAAAAAAAUCGUUGGCCAAAGUCUGUUUUUUGCUUGUAUUGUAGCUACUGCUGACUGAACUCAAUAAAGAUUUCAUAUAUUACACACCAA